CUUCAAACAGAGUCUGACAAUGAAGUCAUUCCACUUGCAAAGGAAACUGAACCCCAGAGAAGAGAACCAACAAAUGCUUCAGACCGACAACAGACCUGUGUGCAAGACAUCCAUGCUGUGGUGAGAGAGAUGAGCAUCGCCUUGGCUGAACAGAGAGUGGAGAUAAGGCACUUACAGCGAGAGAAUGAAGCACAGGCAGCUAAGCUGAGAGAGCUGGAGCUGCAGAAGACUGAGGUGGACAAGCUGAAGCAACAGCUACAAGCACAAACAGCAGAGCUGAUCACCAUUAAAGCCAGAACAAAUGUCACAGAAAACCAGGUGGAGGCUCUAAAGAAAGAUGAACAAGUCAAACAGGUGGCUUUCUCAGCCUCUCUGUUGGCUUCAGGAUCAGGAACUCUUGGACCAUUUAACACACACACUCCUCUGGUCUUCAGGCAUGUCCCCACAAACAUUGGGAAUGCCUACAACCCAAACACAGGUUUUUUCAUUGCACCAGUGAGAGGAGCCUACCACUUUGAGUUCUACAUAGGUGCACAUGGACAUGCUUCACAUCCUUCAGGUGCUGUGUUGGUAAAGAAUGGAGAGCAUAUUUUUAUUGCAUAUGAGCACCAGCCGUCCCAUUAUGCGAGUACUUCUAACGGAGUCACCCUGCUUCUAGAGGUCGGAGAUGUUGUGUUUUUGCGUCUGUGGCACAACACAAGGAUAUUUGACAAUGAAAAUCACCAUAGCACCUUCAGCGGACAUCUGCUUUUCACCAUUUGAGCAGGAAAUUAGUCGGGUUUUUUUAACCUGAAUCUGUAAAAACAUUUGUAAAAAGUAAAUUUACAAUAUGUAUCCUGUGUAUGAAAACUGGAUGACA